AACAGACUUUUUUUGUGACGAAGAACGAAAUCAGUGUAGCACACACACGACACGAGACGCCUUGGCAAAGGGGAUUUUGAGGCUAUGACUGAAUUGCAAAUGGAGGUAGAUACCAAUUCUUCAUUGCAGGAGUCUGUCCUGAAGGAGCCUGUCCCGAAGCCUCAAGUCAUAUACAGAUGUAAGAAAUGCAGAAGGAUAGUAGCUGUUGAGGAAAACGUUGUCCCACAUGAACCUGGUAAAGGUGAAGAAUGCUUUGCUUGGAAAAAGAGAAGCGGAAACCCCGAACAUGUGCAAUGCUCUUCCAUCUUUGUCGAGCCUAUGAAAUGGAUGCAGACAAUACAUGAUGGAUUGGUGGAAGAGAAGCUUCUUUGUUUUGGAUGUAAUGGUCGGUUAGGUUAUUUCAACUGGUCUGGGAUGCAAUGUAGCUGCGGCGCAUGGGUUAAUCCGGCUUUCCAGCUUAAUAAAAGCCGGAUAGACGAGUGUAAAUCCGAGCCAAACCCGAACCUAAAGACAGAAACUGGAUGAAAGGAGAAGAUUUUAAACUCUUUGAGAUAAUAAGAUCAAAUGAAGCCAUAUUGUGUUGAAUGUCCUAAAAGGGGUUUUUUGGUUACAAAAUCCAACAAUGUUUAUUAGCUUAAUCUCAAAAGUGUUGUUUGAAUUCAAACAGAGUUAGUUAUGUGUAUU